AAUUACAAUUCUAGUUAUAGCACACGUGUCAGGUAGACCUUUUAAACCUUCUGUCUAAUCCAGGGCAGGAGUGAAUGUAGCAGGAAGGGGCAGUGUCUUUUGGGCAGCGAGCUGGAAUUGCUGUUGGUUCUGUUCCUAUGAGACAGUAAGAUAAUUUGCUUCGUUGUACAAUUGUAUUUCCCUGCAGGGACGUUUCCCUGACAUUUGUAUCCCUCUUCCUAAUGACUUGAAAGAUUCCCUAACCGCAGUCAAGACUUUGAGCCCAUUAGCUCUUUCCAGCACACAGGUCGCCUUCUGUUGAGAGUCCCACGUAGGGGAAUUUUGAGCAAGAACUUAAUUAUCAGAUAGUGAAAUGGUAGAGGAGGAACCGUAGACGAUUACUCAGGAAACCAGUUCUUGUUCAUAAUGUCGGGCAGAUGACUAGUCCUUUCUGGGCCUCUGUCAUCAGUUGGAAAAAGGGAGGUUUGGAUCCAACAGCUAAGGGAGGUCGUCCUUUCCAAUUCCAAAAUUCCAUUUAUAUGGCCAGUGAAUGUUCACUUUCCUGUGUUUAUAUGUACUUACUUAGCAGAAGCAUUCAGUAGAAUAUAUUUCCUCAGAUUAGAAUUAGAAUAUAUUCAUAUACGCCCUUUCCACUGCCAUUUAGUGGGUCCUGAUACGUGACUGGCAUGAUGCCAAGUCUCAGGGAUCUGAAAUGAAACCAUGAGGACCCGGGGAGCUGACGCUCUGGCCAGAGCUAAUGUAGUGGUAGCAGGAGCAAGGGGUAACAUCCUUCUGGAAAUCACCCAACUUAGAAUUGAGAAGCCCACGUUCUACUCCCUCCAGGACAGCGGAUGCUCUAUCGCAAGGCUUGAACUUUGUGAUCUGGCCUCAAGUGUACACAAAGAAUUUGUUCUUUUUUAUUAUUUUUUUUAAUGUUUAUUUUUGAGAGAUAGAGCAUGAGUGGGGGAGGGGCAGAGAGGGGGAGACACAGAAUCUGAAGCAGGCUCCAGGCUCUGAGCUGUGUGUCAGCACAGAGCCCAAUGCGGGGCUCCAACUUACGAACCAGGAGAUCACGACCUGAGCCAAAGUUGGACGCUUAACCAACUGAGCCACCAGGCGUCCCCAAAUUUUUUAAUGUUUACUUUUGAGAGAGACAGACUAUAAGUGGGGAGGGGCAGAGAGAGAGGGAAACAGAAUUCGAAGCAGGCUCCAGACUCUGAGCUGUCAGCACAGAGCCUGAUGUGGGGCUCGAACCCAUGAGCUGUGAGACCACGUCCUGAGCAGAAGUCAGUUGCUUAACCAACUGAGCCACCCAGGCGCCCCAAGAAUUUGUUCUUUUGACAGUAUCAGCAACCGUGUGAAGGCCUACAGGGUGUCAGGUGCUAGGACUAUGACGAUGAAGAAGAAUGUUUGGGUGUUAACCUUCCUGCAGGUUAUAGGCUGAUGUUUCACCUCUCUCCCAGGGAACACUUGGGCUGGGGGGCGGGGGGCGUGCAUGAAGGGUUUCAAUUAAAUUUUACCAGCUCAGACUAAAAAUCUGGAUUUGAAAAGUAGUUCAAAUAGUACAGAUACACAGGUUUUCCCUUCCUGAAUAUACUAAACAUUGAAUUUUUCUGUUUUCUGGAAGACUCUGGUAUGGGGAAGUCGAGCCCCAGUUGCCAAGAGCACCAAAUUCCUCUAGUCCUGUCUAAUCCUGCCUCGUAAUGAGCUGAAAUGCUGGCAUUUGACCAGAUGAGUCGUUUUUGAGAUGAACUGGGCCAGGGUGGCACAGUAAAGGCCUGCCAUGUGGUGGCUGGUAAGAGCUGCCUGGGUAGUGAGUGGUCUCUCCCAAGUUCCCCUCCUUUCUGCUGAAGCACAGUGAGAUGGGAACUGUCUCCAAGAGGCCAAGGUCUCAGGACUGCACCCCUGAGACAUGUGCCACUGCCCUGAAUAAUGGAACAAGCUAAGGACACACAUGGUGUCCCUUAAAUCUUUGUUCCCAGUGGCUGAGUGAACGAAUGGGGCGGUUAAGGGAUGGCUCGAAUCUAGGUGAGCCUUAGGAGGCCGCCCCCUCCCCCAAAUGCUGUGCUCCCGAUAGCGAUGCCUUGGCACAGCCCCGAAGCCCCUUUAGGAGCAUUCACUGGUAACAGUUAGUGGUGUGCUGGGGAUAUGGCCAAGGCUUCCCCGGACCCCACUAGAAUGGGCUCCCCUUGCAAGUUUGCGGGUGGCUUCGUGUACGGGGAGGUCCCGCAAGGCGCUCGGCGGGGCCUGUUCAUUGGCAGAACCCUCCGCGCGCGGCGUGCGUCCACAACCGGACAGCGAACGGGGCGGUCCCUCCUGUUCCAAACGUCCACCGGCCGCGACCCUGCGCGAGGGGAGGGCGGCCCAGGGCUCGAGCUCGCGGAGCUGGGAGACGGGAGAGCGGAGACCGGACUGCGGAGGGCAGGUGGCGUCCGGACCCCGCCGGGGAGGCGGGCGCCCGUCCCUGGGAGCAAAGAGUGGGAAGCCUGGCGGCCGGGCCCUUCCUCUCGGUCUCCCGAGGGCUGCAGACGGUGACUCGUGCUCCGGAGAGCGCCAGGGGCGCGGCGGGCAGUGAGGGGGACGUGGCGGGCGUGGACCCCCGCUGAGAAGGCUCACGAUGCCGCCCGCGACGGCGACCGCCAGGGUCUCCCUCCGGGAGCUGGCCGACCUGGCCAUCGGCACCCCGGAGGUGGGCGCCGUCAACUUCACGGCCCUGCACACGCUCAUCGUGGCCAUGCUCCGGAGCCUCAACCUGCAGGAGGUGCGCAUCAACUUCCAGUCGCCGUCGCCCGAGUCGAGUCGCUCCUCGGAGCUCCCGCGGACCGUGCUCAGCGCCCCGCAGCUGGCUGUGCCCAAAGAGAAGCCGCGCAGCAGCUCGGCCAGGCCGCCGGCGCUGGAGAGCCAGGUGAAGGACCUCAGCAAGCAGCUCAAGACCGUCACAAGCCAGGUGCAGGGCAUCAUGGGCCACGUGCAGCACCUUACUUAUCCCGUGGGCCGGCUGCCCGUGGACUCCCAGGACUGGCUGGAGGAGGAGAUGGCCGUGCUGCUGCCGGACAGGGCUCGAGGAGGGUCGAUGAAAAUCGGGAAGGACGGCGAGCAGGACGGCGAGCGGGCCAGCGUCACCAAGGCCACGGUGCUGCUGCACGAUGUCGCAGAAGAUGUGAAAGCCUUGAAAGAAGCCAAGGAAAAGGCGCAGGAGCAUUCCGAGAAAGCCUUCCAACGGAUGGAUGAACUAGAGAAGAUAAUCAGAGAACGGGACAAAUUCCUGGAUCUAGUGGGCCGGAAGCUGAGUUUGAUGCCUGUUGGAGAAGAAGUCACCAUGGUCACCUGGGAGGAGCUAGAGCAAGCAAUUACUGAUGGCUGGAGGGCCUCACAAGCGGGCUCAGAGACAACAAUGGGACUCCUUAAACGCAAAAAGCAUACUUCCUUAACAUCAGAUGAUGGAGCCUCCACCAAGCACUCAAGUGCUGACCCAACUGUGGAUUCUGCACAUGGUCAUGGUUCCGAUCGGACCUUAUCAGGAAUCAGUGCCACGGGAUACCCCUCUGAAGGAGUUGGCAGGGAACAAAAGAAAAGCACCCCCACCACUGCAUCCCCUGGUAGAGAACAGCACCCAAGGGCCCGUGACGAGGCUGGCGUGGCAAAGUCCCGUCACCCAUCUGUGUCCCAAUUCAGACUAGAGUCAGAUCGUCACAGGACUAGAGAGCUGCAGCCGCACACCUCAGCAUAUCUAAGAAAAGAUGAACGAGAGGCACACCCUGGUCUAGUUCAACAGGACUUGCCCUCAGCCACCGCGAUCAGAGAUCAGCAUCCUCGUGUGUACCCAGAUCAGCAUGGGGGGGUACACGUUCGCUACGGUCAAAUCUAUCCAAGGCCAGACCAACAUGGAAUAGCACCGCUUGGCACGGAUCAGCUUGCAUCGCUCAAUCAUAGCACUUACCCACACAGUGUGGUACCCCUCAGCAUGGGUCAGCUUGGUAUGAUGCCACCUGGAAUGGAUGAGCAGGGAUCGGUGCUACCUGGCAUGGAUCAGCGUGGUAUGAUGCCACCACUGGUACCUGGCAGAGAUCAGCGAGGCUUGCAGCUACCUAGCACAGAUCAGCCUGGUAUGGUUCCAUUUAGCACAUAUCAGCACGGCAUGACAUUUCCUGGCACAGACCAACAGCCUGAUGUGGCUCAGCGUGGAUUGGUACCUCUUCACGUGGAUCAGCAUGGAUUUUUAAUAUCCGGCAUGGAUCAGCAAGGACUGGCACUGCCUGGCAUGGAUCAGCACGGAUUGGUUCCACAUCUCAUCGCUCAGCAUGGUUUGGGACCAACUGGCACAGAUCAGAAUGCUUUAGUCCAGCCUGGUUUGGUCCAACCUGGAAUGGAUCAGCGCGGUUUGGUGCAGCCUGUUGUAGAUGAAAGGGGUUUGGUUCAGCCUGGUGCUUAUCUACCUGAUUGGGUUCGUCCUGGUGCAUAUGCCACUGGCUGGGUCCAGCCUGGUGCCUAUCCUCUUGAUUUGGUAUACCCUGAUGUAUAUCCAUCUGGUUUAGUACGGCUUGGUGCAGAUCAGCCUGGUUUGAUGCAACCUGGAUUGGGUCAGCAAGAUUCAGUCCAACCUGGAAUGGAUCAGUACAAUUUGGGGCAGCCUGGAAUGGAUCAACGUGGCUUGGUCCAACUUGGAAUGGAUCAGCAUGGUUUAGUGCAACCUGGCACAGUUCAGCCUGGGUUGGUGCAACCUGGAGCAGCUCAGCCUGGUUUGGUCCAACCUGGAGCAGCUCAGCCUGGUUUGGUCCAACCAGGAGUAGGUCAGCCUGGUUUGGUGCAACCAGGAGCAGCUCAGCCUGGUUUGGUCCAACCUGGAGUAGGUCAGCCUGGUUUGGUCCAACCAGGAGCAGCUCAGCCUGGUUUGGUCCAACCAGGAGCAGCUCAGCCUGGUUUGGUCCAACCAGGAGCAGCUCAGCCUGGUUUGGUGCAACCAGGAGCAGCUAAGCCUGGUUUGGUCCAACCUGGAGUAGGUCAGCCUGGUUUGGUCCAACCAGGAGCAGCUCAGCCUGGUUUGGUCCAACCAGGAGCAGCUCAGCCUGGUUUGGUCCAACCUGGAGCAGCUCAGCCUGGUUUGGUGCAACCUGGAGCAGGUCAGCCUGGUUUGGUCCAACCAGGAGCAGCUCAGCCUGGUUUGGUCCAACCUGGAGCAGGUCAGCCUGGUUUGGUGCAGCCUGGUGCAGCUCAGCUUGGUUUGGUGCAGCCUGGUGUAGCUCAGCCUGGUUUGGUCCAACCUGGAGCAGGUCAGCGUGGUUUGGUCCGACCUGGAGCAGCUCAGGUUGGUUUGGUGCAACCUGGUGCAGCUCAGCCUGGUUUGGUGCAGCCUGGUGCAGCUCAGCGUGGUUUGGUCCAACCUGGAGCAGCCCAGCGUGGUUUGGUCCAACCUGGUGCAGCCCAGCCUGGUUUGGUGCAGCCUGGUGCAGCUCAGCCUGUUUUGGUCCAACCUGGAGCAGCCCAGCGUGGUUUGGUCCAACCUGGAGCAGGUCAACCUAGCUUGGUGCAACCUGGAAUGGAUCUGGGUGGUUUGGUCCAACCUGGAAUGGAUCAGCGUGUUUUGGCACAACCUGGUGCAGCACAGCCUGGUCUGGUCCCACCUGGAGCAGGUCAGCCUGGUGUGGUGCAACCCGGAAUGGAUCAGCGUGGUUCGGCCCAACCUGGUUCAGCUCAGCCCGGUUUGGUGCAACCUGCAACGAGUCAGUAUGGUUUGGCCCAACCUGGUGCACGUCAGCCUGGUUUGGUACAACCUCAAAUGGGUCAGCCUGCUUUGGUCCAGCCUGGUGCGGGUCAACCUGGUGCAGGUCAGCCUGGUUUGGUGCAACCUGGAAUGGAUCGGCGUGGUUUGGUCUACCCUGGUGCUGAUCAGGGUGGUUUGGUCCAGCCUGGUGCAGGUCAGCCUGAUUUGGUACAACCUGGUGCAGGUCAGCCUGGUUUGGUGCAACGUGGAGUGGGGCAGCGUGGUUUGGUAGAGCCUGGCACAGGUCCACGUGGCGUUUUUCAACCUGGUGCCUAUCCACCUGGUGUGCUACAGCCAGGUGCAUAUCUUCCCAGUUCCGUAGAGCCUGGUGCCUAUCCACAAGGUUUGGUUCCACCUGGUGCCUAUCCUCGUGGUUUGGUCCAGCCUGGUGCACUUCCACGUGGUUUCAUGCAGCCUCUUACUGAUCAGCGUGGCUUGAGGCAACCCGGUAGAGAUCAGCAAGGCUCAAUACCAUCAAGCACAGAGCUUCGUGGCUUUCCAGCAUUCCACCCGGAGUCUCUAAGAUUUAUAUCACCACAUCCAUAUCAGCAUGGUGUAAUGCCUCCUAGCAGAGGUCAGCAUGGCCGGGUGUCACCGCUCCUCUCCGGCCAAGGCUUGGCACCACCAGGUACUGACCAAGAGGGUUUAUCAGAAACUUACCAGCCAGGCGUGAUACAUCCGGGCACAGACCAGGGCGGCCAAAUAAAACCAGGUGCAGACCAGCACGACCAGUCAUACUCUAUCCCAGAAUCCCGUGACCUCACGUAUCCUGGCCCUCGGGGCCCAGGCUUUCCUGGGGCAGAUCAGCUCCAGGUCAGUGUGGAUCCACAACAAACAUAUACCUCAGACCGAGCUGGAAUUUCUGUCCGGACUACCCCAAGCCAAGAAGCCACCUUUGCCAAGAGUACAGUCUUUCUCAACGAUCUCUACCGAGCCUCAUCGGAAAGGGUCGAUAUCCAGAGCGAAAGACAUGAUUCCCUGGAUAAAUUGUCUCCCAGCUUCCCUAUAGCAGUGGAAACAUUUCGUCUGAUGGGAGAGCUCAUUGGCCUUUAUGUAGAGCUCAAGGAGAACAUGAAGGAGCUGGAUGAGGAGAAGGCUGGCCAGACCGACUUAGAGAAGUUACAGUACUUGCUUUCACUCAUGGUCAAAAAGACUAUACCACCUGACCUGCACGAACAGCUGAAGACCUUAAAGGCCUUGACCAAAGAAGUGCGGCAGGAAAGAGCCAAACUGGACAAGAUACAGAGGCUCCUGGAGGGCGAAAGGGAACAGGAAAUCGGAAAAGAAAUGAAAGACGACCAGCUGAGCACGCAGCUGGGAAUCCUCAGAGUCACCGUGGCCGACAUUGAGAAGGAGUUGGCCGAGCUCAGGGAGAGCCAAGAGCGGGGCAAGGUCAGCAUGGAACAUUCAGUCUCCGAAGCCUCUCUCUACCUGCAGGACCAGCUGGACAAGCUCAGGACGAUCAUCGAGAGCAUGCUGGCCUCAUCCUCCACACUGCUGUCCAUGAGCAUGACUCCUCGCAAGAUCCUAACAGCCUCGGCACCUAGCCAGAUCGACCCUGAGACCACCUGCCCGGCCUGCAGCCUGGACCUGGGCCAUCAGGUCAGCAUGCUGGUGCAGCGUUACGAGCAGCUCCAGGACAUGGUCACCAAUCUGGCUGCCACCCGGCCCUCCAAGAAAGCCAAGCUGCAGAGCCAGGACGAAGAGCUGCUGGGCCACAUCCAGAGCGCCAUCCUGCAGGUACAGGGCGACUGCGAGAAACUCAACAUCACCACCGGCAGCCUCAUCGAGGACCAUCGGCAGAAGCAGAAGGACAUUGACGUGUUGUACCAGGGUCUGGAGAAGCUCGAGAAGGAGAAGGCCAACAGGGAGCACCUGGAGAUGGAGAUUGACGUGAAAGCUGACAAGAGUGCCCUGGAGGCCAAAGUGAGCCGGGUCCAGUUUGACGCCACCACGGAGCAGCUGAACCACAUGAUGCAGGAGCUGACGUCUAAAAUGAGCGGGCAGGAGCGGGACUGGCAGAAAAUGCUGGACAAGCUGCUGGUGGAGAUGGACAGCAAGCUGGACCGCCUGGAGCUGGACCCCGUGAAGCAGUUGCUGGAGGAUCGGUGGAAAGCCUUGCGGCAACAGCUUAAAGAGCGCCCUCCCCUCUACCAGGCAGACGAGGCAGCGGCCAUGCGGAAGCAGCUCUUGGCACAUUUCCACUGCCUCUCGUGCGACCGUCCCUUGGAGACACCUGUGACCGGACAAAUUAUCCCUGUGAUUCCCAUGGGCCCAGGCCUGCCCGGGCACCGUUCCAUCCGCCCCUACACGGUCUUUGAACUGGAGCAGGUCCGGCAGCAGAGCCGCAACCUGAAGCUGGGCUGUGCCCCCUUCCCUCGGGGCGACCUGGCGCACACGGAGCGGAGCGUGGGACGCCUGCGCACCAUGCACUCCAAGAUGCUGAUGGACAUUGAGAAGGUGCAGAUCCACUUUGGAGGCUCAGUCAAGGCCAGCAGCCAGAUGAUCCGUGAGCUGCUGCAGGCCCAGUGCCUGAGCUCCCCCUGCCACAGACGGGUGCCAGAUAUGGCCGACUACACCUACUCGAGCGCACCUCGGCGCUGCGGGGGCAGCCACACCCUCACCUACCCCUACCGCCGCAACCGCCUGCAGCACCUGUCACAGGGCAUGUACCCCACCGAGGAGAUCCAGAUCGCCAUGAAGCAUGAUGAGGUGGAUAUCUUGGGCCUGGAUGGACAUAUUUACAAGGGACGGAUAGAUACAAGGCUGCCGGGCAUCCCGAGCAAAGACACCCCGGUCUCAGCUUCGGGGAUGACAAAGCACAAGGCCAAGCAGCCCCGGCCGCACACGCACCGGCAGCAGUCCGUCAGCGUCAGCAGCCAGCUGCCCUCCCGGCCACAAAGUGCUCAGAUGCUGGCUGGCAACAAUUCAGGUAGCUUCCCUCUGGCUGGAGCCUCCUUCCAGGUGGCCCCACCACUGCCCUCCUCCCCCGGGGCCUCUCCUCCUUGCCCUGCCGGCCCCCUUUCCGGCCCAGGCCUGGUAGCUGCCCUCAAUUCCCUGGAGAGAAGAAUCGCCUGGGAGCUGAGAGAGGGGAUGGGAGGGAGGAGAGAGAAAAUCGUCCUUACUGAGUUCUCCACACACGCCAGCUCCUUCCCAUCAGCGCAAAGACAGACCCGUCUCCUCCGAGGGGCUCCUCUCCCAGCCGAAUGUGGCCCACCCGCCCAGCCCCAGCGAGAUGGGAAACCGGCCAGCGGAUGUGGACGCGCACCUGGAUGUCCCGCCGGGGGAGGGUCUCGAGGAGCCCACCCGGGGGCCGAGGUCCACCACUGCUCACUGAGCAAAGCUACAAAUAAAUGUUUAGGAAGAAGCUUGGGGCAGCGAGGCUUCUCUGGUCUGGGCUCAGGAAGAUGGGGUGGAAAGGGAGGGGCCCCUGCAGGCCAGGCACCUCCAGACUGCCCCCAGGUCCGGGGGCGGGGGGCUUCUCUUGGAGAACCAGGAAUGACCUGUAGCCUGGGAAUUAGACCGCGACCCCCUCACCCAACAGAUGAAGCUGCCCUCCAAGGGCUUCAGGAGGGCUGAGCAUUGCACCAGGGGUCGGCAGGGGCAACAGAGGCCACACCCCAGCUCACUCUGGACCUCAGCUGGGCCCAGAGGCUGCAGCCUUCCCGUCUGGGCCCACUGGGGCUUUCUGGAGAGGUUGGGGCUCCCAGUGUCUGUACCUUGAAGCAGAGAUGAGGGUGGCAGCCGGCAGCUGCUCCCCCACAGAUGGCUCUGGCAGUGCCCAGCUCCUGGCACGGCGUCCCAGGGGGGACCAGUGCGCCCGGGAAGGUUCCUGCUUGCUGUCCUGUGCAGUGUACCCUUGGGUGGCUGCUGCAGAGGCAAGCAGGGGCUUAGACGAGGCAGGGGGCGGGGUGCUGCCUGGCUGGCCUAGGCCGGUUCCCUGUUCCCCUCCUCCCUCCCCAGGGAGACGGAGAAGUGUGUCAGGAGGGGGUUAGCCUGGUGACAGCCAUUUGCCAGGUGGCCUCGAGGCCUAGCCCUUGUCCUGCU